ACUCACUUGCUUCUUCGCCUCACCCUCUCCGCUCUUCGCGUCCUUCUUCUCACAAUACAGCCUCAAAGGACAGCAAUAACGACGACAACACAAACUAAAUACAAACCUCAUCAAAUCCAACAAAAACAACAACGAAACAAUGGCAACCUUCACCGGAAUGAACAACCUGAAAACUCAAACCGAUGAGCUCUUCUGUCUGGAUUGCAGCAACUCCUCCACCAAGAGUACGGACAGCGUCGGUUCCAUCAGCAGCAGCAGUAGAGAUCAUAGACUCAAACCUUGCUGUGGCCAAAUCGCGGAUUCCUUUAGUGAAAGUAUGGAGAUGGACAUCUUCAGCGUCCGCCAUGAAGAUCAAGUACUCCCCUGUGGCCACAUUGGAUGCAAUUAUUAUAGAGGGAACUGCAUCGUGUGUGAUAAAGAAGCCGAGAGCAAAGAAGAAUGGGGAAAAAUGCUGACUCAAUUUGCUAAAGGAAACCGCUACGCUGCCAGACGAUAG